AUGUUUGACAUCCCAUGUCAGAGUUCAUGUCACGUCACAGUGGACAUCUGUGGCAUGCAAGCGGCGAGCUCUCAGGAGACACCCAGCCACUGGCAGACCUACCCGAAACGCUCAGCAUCUCUCUACUUCUUUAGCACUCCGAGCUCCACCGCCCACCUUCGCCCGACGUGGCAGCAGCGUUCGACCCUUCCAUGGGGCCAUUCAGUGUGGCCAUGGCGCCCCUAUGUGCCCUCCGUCGCCCACCGACGGGUACCUCGCGCCUCUCACGACACAGUAAGAAAUAGUGGUGGCGGUGAUGGAGCUGAAGGCCGAAACGGGGAAGGUACCUGGUACCUGCGCCACGAAGACUGUCGCCUCCUGCCCCCAGGUGGAUGUGAUGAUUGGGCCAGAAAGCUUGCCAAACAUCACCGCUACUACACUCGAGACUACGCUUCGGAGACACGUCGUGCGUACAUAAAAAGUGAAUUUUUUAUCUCCUACACACGUAUCACUUUGGCUUAUGCGGUCACAUGCAUUAUUGUUUCAGAGAAUCCAGGAUGCCCCAGAGACUUUGAAGUCACCUGCGGAAAAAUGUUCCCUCAAAAUUUCACCAAAAAUGACUGGAAGCAAGCCCUUGUCAUGCAAAUUAGCCAGACCUUUUGGUGGUUUGGGAAGUUCAACCGCUUCCAACCGUUCUUUCGGUUUAAUGUGAAACGAACACUAAAGUCGGACAUCGUGGAGUACAACGAUAAAAUUAUCCUCACCAACGCCUGGCCAGGUACUUGCGCUUGUCCCGGCAAGUUGGUAGUUGGCAAGAUGUAUCUUCUCCUUACGCACUCCCUGGUAUCACGUCAGAUCCUGCGGAUCUCUACCGAGAGUGUCUUCUUGGAGAAACCCAAGAAGUAUACCCCACUCAUUCUGGUACGCACCUUCCAACUCCUCGCUUACCCCUAUUUCUUAAUGGCUUUAAUCGGAUUCUCGUUCAAGAAUACACUAAAGCAAUGCAUGAGUGAGAAUUGCAUAAGUACAACUCCUUGGGUCACAUAUCCCACCUGCUAA